UCUGUGGAUGAAGUCAUCGUGGCCCUCAGUGGGCGUUUCCACUGCGGCUGGGAUCCACCUUUUCCACAGAGGGAGUGAACGUUCCACGGAGUGUGAUCAGUCUUUAUUCAGUCUGCAGCAUCAGAGUCAAGCUUCUGUCACAAAUUUCAAAAUGUCACCGACUCAGUACAUGCCCUGCUGCAUAGUCGUUCUGUUGGCACUAUUAGAACUUGUCCUGACCCAGUAUGAGCACCUCGGCUACCCGCCGGGCUACAUCGAGAUGCAACAGGAGCACUACACCCCUCCGCAGCUGAUGCCGGACACACCCAGGAUCCAGCUGAGAUUGGCGGGAGACAAGAGGAAACACAAACGAGGGACGCGUGGAGGUUUUUUUACAAUGGCGAAUGGGGGUACAGUGUGUGAUGACGACUUCACUAUCCACGCCGCUCAGGUGGUGUGCCGAGAGCUGGGCUAUGUGGAAGCCAUCUCUUGGUCACCGUCGUCUAAAUAUGGAAAGGACAAGGUAGGACCUGUCUGGUUUGACAAUCUCCACUGCACUGGCAAAGAGAAAACCUUGGCGCUCUGCCCCUCCAAUGGGAUUGGGGUUUCAGACUGUAAACACAGCGAAGAUGUGGGAGUGCUGUGCAGUGACAAGAGGAUCCCAGGAUUUAAAUUUGUCAACACCCUGCCCAACCACGUGGAGAACAUUGACAUUCAAGUUGAGGACGUGCGCAUACGAGCCAUCCUGUCAUCGUACCGGAAGCGGAUCCCUGUAACCGAGGGAUACGUGGAGAUCAAAGAUGGUGGUAAAUGGAAGCAGAUCUGUAACACCGAGUGGACCGAGUUGAACAGCAGAGUCAUCUGCGGCAUGUUCGGCUUCCCUGGCGAACGGAAAUAUAACGCCAGAGUCUACAAGAUGUUUGCCCGCAGGAGAAAGCCCACAUACUGGGACUACGCUGUCAACUGCACUGGCAACGAGGCCCAUUUGUCCAUCUGUAAACUGGGUCAGAGGAUGUCAUUAAAGUUCAAUGAGACCUGUGCUGGAGGUUUGCCAGUGGUGGUGAGCUGCGUGCCUGGUCGAGCCUUUUCCCCAACUCCCAUGACUGGGUUUAGGAAGGCCUUCCGACAAGAGCAACCACUGGUUCGCCUUCGUGGUGGGACCAUUGUUGGUGAGGGCAGAGUGGAAGUCCUGAAAAAUGGAGAGUGGGGAACCAUCUGUGAUGAUAACUGGAACCUCGUGUCUUCCACGGUGGUGUGCCGAGAGCUGGGCUUUGGCACAGCCAAAGAGGCCAUGUCCGGAGGUCGCCUUGGACAAGGUAUGGGCCCUGUGCACAUGAAUGAGGUGGAAUGUUCUGGAUUUGAAAAGUCUAUUACUGACUGUUCAUUCAACAAGGAGGCUGUUGGCUGCAGCCAUGAAGAAGACGCUGCUGUCAGGUGUAACGUUCCUGCUAUGGGGUUCAAGCAAAGGCUCCGCCUGAGUGGAGGUCGAAACCCCUACGAAGGCCGUGUGGAGGUGAUGGUCGAGAAGAAUGGUUCCUUGGUGUGGGGGACCGUGUGCAGCGAAGGAUGGGGGAUCAUGGAGGCCAUGGUGGUCUGUAGGCAGCUGGGUCUGGGCUUUGCCAGCAAUGCUUUCCAGGAGACGUGGUAUUGGCCGGGGCAGGUGAGUGCAGAUGCUGUGGUGAUGAGCGGCGUUCGCUGCUCUGGUACUGAGAUGUCGUUGGCCCAGUGCCUGCACCAUGGUGACCACCUUAGCUGCCCUAAAGGAGGCGGGCGCAAUGCCGCUGGAGUCUCCUGCUCGGAGACGGCUCCUGACCUGGUGCUGAACCCUCAGGUGGUGGAGGAGACCACCUACAUGGAGGACCGGCCCAUGUUCAUGCUGCAGUGCGCCUACGAGGAGAACUGUCUGGCCACUACCGCUACCCAGACACCUGCCAACUCAUACCGCCGCCUGCUGCGCUUCUCCUCGCAGAUCCACAACAACGGACUGUCUGAUUUCCGACCCAAAGCCGGCCGGCAUGCCUGGGUGUGGCACGAUUGUCACAGACAUUAUCACAGCAUGGAGGUGUUCACCCUCUAUGACCUGCUUGCCCUCAACGGAACCAAAGUUGCAGAGGGACACAAAGCCAGUUUUUGCCUGGAGGACUCAGAGUGUGAUGAAGGUAUUGAGAAGAAGUAUGAAUGUGCUAAUUUUGGAGACCAGGGUAUCACUCAGGGUUGCUGGGACACCUACAGGCAUGACAUUGACUGCCAGUGGGUCGACAUCACUGACGUCAAACCUGGGGAUUAUAUUUUCCAGAUUGUAAUUAAUCCAAACUAUGAAGUGCCAGAGACAGACUACACCAAUAACAUUGUGAAAUGCAGAUGUCGAUACGAUGGCCAUCGUGUGUGGAUGUACAGCUGCCACAACGGUGGUUCCUUAAGCAUUGAAACAGAGCAGACCUUCCCCGGCCUCGUCAACAACCAGGUGACCCACAGGUAGGAACCAAAGCAGAGGAAUCAAGUAACCACACACUGAAGCCCACCAGCUACGACACCAUCUGUGGAGGAGACCUCCUGCCAGCCUUGUACUGGUCGAAACAGUAUUUAUGUGGCCCAUCAGUGAGAUGACAGCAGCAGCAGCCCCCCCCCCCCCCACACACACACACAGAAAUGAGAUUUGAUCCUGUCCCACUGCACAAGACUUACGCAAAGUCACCAAGAAUGCAGGACUACGAAGUGCAGCACUUUAAGAAAAACCUCCGCUGCAAUAGUUUUUGCUCAGCGCUCGCCCUGAAGAUUUGGGAUGUCGGUGAAGAAGAAUGGCCUUUCACAGUCUUUGUACAUACAUACAACAAAAUUAGUCCCAAUCCCAAUUAUAGUUAGACACAAUCAAACCACGAGGACCAGCAGGCAGUCACAGUCCAGCACCCAGGGACCAAAUCCAGGUCUAGACAUGUCGCCUUUGUCAAGAGCAGAGAAAUGGCAUGAUGCAUAUUUUCGAUGAUGGUGGUGAGAGGAAACCCAAACAGACACAAGGAGAACAUGCAAAUUCAACCCAGAAAGGACCUGGGCAUGAGUGGAAUGAAGCCAUGAACCUUCUUGCUAACUCAAGGACUGCAUGAUUUGUCAAAUCAGAGACAUGUAUACACACAUAAAUGGACAGUCCACAUACCUUGUACAGUAAGUGUUGUUGACACGUGCACUCAGGUCAUACCAAACAGCCAGUCCAGCUUUGGAAACUCAGUGACUUGAUCUGAGGAUUGUUUUCAGCUUAUUCCUGACUUUUUUAAGCAGUCAUUGCUAGUGGCACAGUGGUCAUGUUCACAGCCUGCGAGAGCAGUCGAGUGUUGUGUGUACACAGAACAAACAAAAUUGAUCUGAAAAUGGUUAAACUAAACUUUCAAGAAUUUUUGAGAGAAAAGGAAGGUUGGAGAUUGGCCUAUAAUUAGCUAAGAUAGCUGGGUCAAGUGAUGGCUUUUUAUUAUGUGUACACAUUAUGUAGAAAUGCCGCAGUGACCUACAACAGAAUGCCCCUUAAAAAGGCGCUCCAGAAUUUUU